CCCAGGCUCGGUAUGAAAGCCAGCGGAUCCAAAUGGAGUCGGAGUUGGCCGUGCAGCUGGAGCAGCGAGUGACAGAGCGGCUGGCGCAGGCUCAGGAGAGCAGCCUGCGGCAAGCAGCCUCCCUGAGGGAGCAUCACAGGAAGCAGCUGCAGGAGCUGAAUGGACAGCACCAGCAGGAAUUGUCCACCCAGUUGGCUCAGUUCAAGGUGGAAAUGGCAGAACGAGAGGAAAGGCAGCAGCAGGUGGCUCAGGACUAUGAGCUCAGACUGGCCCGGGAGCAGGCACGAGUGCGUGAACUGCAGAGUGGGAACCAGCAGCUGGAGGAGCAGCGGGUGGAGCUGGUGGAGCGACUCCAGGCCAUGCUGCAGGCCCACUGGGAGGAGGCAAACCAGCUGCUCAGCUCCCCUCUCCUGCCGCCCAACCCCACGGUUCCUCCAGUCAGCCUAUCCAGCCCUGGGCCUCAGGAACUGGAGAAGGGGGAGAGGAGGAUGUGGACUGUGCCCCCUGUGGCUGUGGCCCUAAAGCCAGUGUUGCAGCAGAGCCGGGAAGCAAGGGAAGAGCUGCCUGGAGUGCCGCCUGUUCUCUGCAGCCCCUCCCCAGAUCUUAGCCUCUUGCUGGGCCCCACUUUCCAGAGCCAGCAUUCCUUCCAGCCCCUGGAGCCAAAGCCUGAUCUCACUUCAUCCUCAGCGGAGGCCUUCUCUGCAGUUGGAACCUUCCAUCCCGAUCACAGGGCUGAACGGCCGUUCCCUGAGGAAGAUCCUGGGUCCGACAGGGAUGGCUUCCUAAAGCAAGGGCUGCCGCCCGCUUCCCAGCUUCAGGGCCUCAAGCAUUUUUUGCAACAGCUGCUGGAGACAGCACCCCCGAGCAACGAGAACCCCUCUGCCGACCUGCUGCCCACCAAGUCUGGUCCUCUGACUGUCCCAACUUGGGAGGAAGCCCCUCAGGUGCCACGCCUCCCACCUCCUGUCCAUAAAACUAAAGUGCCCUUAGCCAUGGCGUCCAGUCUUUUCCGGGUCCAUGAGCUUCCCUCAGCCCAUUCACAGAGCGGUGGUCCCCGCGGUGGCUCCCCAGAGAGAGGUGGAGAUGGGCUCGCAUCCUCGAGGCAGCUGAUGGAGGUGUCUCAGCUGCUGCGACACUACCAAGCUCGGGGCUGGGGGGCGCUGCCUGCGGAGGAUCUGCUGCUCUACCUGAAGAGGCUGGAACACAGCGGGUACCAGCCUGGAGGGACGGGAGGAAAGAUUAGGACUGACAGCCGAGGGGAUAAUGUCCCCAGAAGGAACACAGGCUCCCGCUUGGGUGAGAUCCCCCGGAAAGAGAUUCCUUCCCAGACUCUCCCUCGCCGCCUCGCUACAGCCCCUAAGACUGAAAAGCCUCCAGCUCGGAAAAAAAGUGGGCACCCGGCCCCUGGUAGCACGCGGAGUCGGGGGGGAAUCUGGAGAUAAGCCCCUUGCCUUCUCCUCUUCUUUGUUCUCUUCUUCUUUUUAUUAUUUUAAUAAAUGCUCAAUAGUCUGUAUGAGAGUCUCUGACUCAUAGAAAUCUGGAAAAUGGAGGUUUUAUAAGAAACCACUUUGUGAAGAAACUCAUUCUAUUCUAUUUGGGUAUGUUUUUAUCUGUUUCUGUUUUAUAUUCUGUGGGAAAAGACAUGAAUGCUUUGAAGGAAAACUGUCCGUGGCUGGGUUUGAGAAGUUUCAGUGAGCCUAGGCUCAGUGUUGAAGCGUGACUGGCUCUGGCUCGUAGUGGAAUUGUGGGUGAUUCCUAUUUUCUUCUUUAUUCAU